CCGGCUGCCGUCCACCGCCAGUAUAGGGAGAGAGUCCCAUGGUGUGUGACCGAGGCCGCUAUGGCCGUGGAUAACCGCUCAACCUCCUCCCUAUUUAAAAGGGCCGAGCAAUUAAGGCGUUGGCAAGAGAGUGAAACCAAUAAACAGGAAGUGUUAGAGAAUAAUAGGACCCGAAAAGUGAAUUUCAGUGACGGCUGCAUCUUUUUAGCAGCAUGUUCUGCAGGCGACAAGCAAGAAGUGCUUCGCCUCCUGGAGAAGGGCGCCGAUAUAGACACGGCUAACGUCGACGGUCUAACUGCUCUCCAUGCGGCGUGUAUAGAUGACAAUCUGGAUAUGGUGGAGUUCCUGGUGGAACAGGGGACUGAUGUCAACAAGGGGGAUAUGGAGGGUUGGACGCCACUACACGCCACCGCCUCUUGUGGCUUUAACAGUAUAGCAAAGUUCCUAAUAGACCGGGGAGCUGACCUCUCCUUAGUUAACAAUGAUGGUGACCUAGCCAUUGAUAUAGCAGAUUCAGAUGAAAUGGAAAGUUUAUUACAGCGAGAAAUAGAAAGUAAAGGUAUUGAUUGUGAUGUUUCUCGAAAUGAAGAGGAGCGGCGUAUGUUAGAUGAUGCUCAGCUGUGGCUCAGUUCAGGUUACUUAGCGGACCGACCUCACCCAAAGACUGGCGCUGUAGCUUUACAUGUAGCGGCUGCAAAAGGCUACAUCAAAGUUAUGAAUUUGUUGUUAGAAGCUGGUGCUGAUAUCAAUGUACAAGAUCUAGAUGGUUGGACUCCACUCCAUGCAGCUGCGCAUUGGGGGCAACGGGAGGCUGUCGAAAUUUUAUGUGAAAAUAUGGCCGAUAUGGAUGUUCGAAAUUUUGUGGGACAAAGUGCGUUUGAUGUCGCAGAUAGUAGUUUAUUACGGUUAAUGGAUGAACUAAAGAGAAAACAGGCGGCUCUAAAAUUAGUAAAUCAAAAUAAGCAAACACCCAGAAAGCGCAAAACCUCACCCCACCGAGACCACAGUAACAAAAAAGAACGUGAGGAUCAGCGCGAAUCUGAUGAUGAGGAAAGUAGUGAAGAAACCACCAGUAGUGACAGUAGUGAUUCAUCAGAGUCAAAUAGUGAAGAGGAGGAGGAGGAGGAUAAAAAUGUUUUUCUUAGAUACACUCGUGAUCUUAGUCCUCUGAAAUACUUAGUUGAGAAGAAGAAUAAGGUGAACAAGGAGAAUGCCACUCCACAGAUCAUUCCGACUAGUGUGGUGUCAGACAAGAGCAACAGUCGAACUCUUCCACAAGCUCGAGCAGAAAAUACUAUGGACGAUUCUGAAGUGCAGUCCUGGAGAAGACCUUCAUCUCUUAGAAAAACAAACCUUGAAGACAAAAACCAAAAAGAAGAAGUAUCUCGAAAUAUAUCAACACGGGUGAACAACAAGGAAAAUGACGACAACAUUACAGGGAAGAAGGUUGUUCCAGCUGAGAAGGAUGAGAGCUCUCUGAGUGCCACCCGAGAGAGACUCAAGGCGCGGUCAUGCCCAGCUCUCAGUCAGUUGGAGGAGGAGGAAGGGAGGGACGGAGGAGGUGGGGUGCGGGUGUAUCCCCGACCCCAGUCCCACUCUGGGGGUAUUGCCUCCUCCGCAACCUUGUCCUCGUCCUCAGCCCUCGUUUCUUCUCAGCGCCUCUCAUCCUCGGACAUUAACCUACCUUUAAUACAAAAUCAUCCUGAUUCAUCCCUUCCAUCAGUGCUACUCUCAAUACCAAAUAUACAGCCAGUAACCAUAGCUCCAACAUUUGUACUCUCAGUUACAACUCAAUCAUCAUGUACAGUUUCAUCUGCCAUUAUGUCCACAAUCACUUCUACCUCUCCUGUAUCUACUUUCUCUGCAUCACCACCUACUGAAGCAAUUAAUUUAAUAACCCCAGUCACAACAGCAACAACCACCAUUGCAAUGCCAACAUUAUCAUUUGAAACCCACACUACCAUUACAAGUACCACACCACAUAAACCUGUAGGGCGUUCUUUUUCUUCUCCUGUUUCAUCCGUUGUACCCAUUCCUAAUUCUAGUUCCUUGCAUACUUCAAUACCCCCAUCCGAACCCCCCUCCUCCUCCUCCCCCACCGCCAUCACCACCACUACCACCACAACUGCUGACCUGGCCUCUCUCUCUACUAACCAAACUACUAACAACAAGGACCCCCGACUACUGGCACGGUCCGCAUCACUCAGAGAACGCAUUCAGAGGAAUCAUAUGGAUAGCAUGGAACCACUCGUCUCCACCGGCUCAGUCCUUACAACCAGCACGUCGCCUUCCACACGCUCCAUUGGCAGCAAUGUGACCACACUCACGACCAACGGGGGGCUGUCUGCCCUUCCUCCACCACCCAAAACUGCACCAACCCUCACCAUCCCACCAAAACACCCUACCCAACAGCAAAUUCCUUCUCCUACAUUGACAACCUCUCCUCCAAUUGUUUCUGUAGCAUCUCCAACUACUACUACUACUCCUCCUCCUCCUCCUCCUUCAGCACAGCCCCCCACGCCAUCCAAAAUGAGUCCAGGCAGUGUGAUUAAGAAUUUCUUCAAGUCGUUUGUGCCACCGAGCCGAGAUGAAGAGAGUGAAACCCAGAGAAAAGCUCAUGCUAAGAUGGUACGGUCGACCCGGAGAUCUACGCAAGGAGUUACUCUUGAGGAUAUCAAAUCUGCUGAGCAGCUUAUGAAAAACAAGCAACAGCAGGUAUCCACAUCUAGUCCAGAGCCUAAGGAAACUUCAUCAACAGCCUCCACUGUGCCCACCUCCACUCCACAAGGUUCAUCCACAACCACUCCAUCCUCACCGUCAUCCAAGCCAAAGCCCGAGUCACCCACCAAAGCAGAUGAGGAAGAACGGCGCCCGUCAUGGAGAUUGAAGGUUGAUGAUUCUGAUAAAAAUAGGUUUUCCCUUGAAAAUGUGCGAACAAAAGACAAAUCCGAUGUGGAAAAUGACACUGAAACAGUCACAGUCCAGCUGCGGAAAAAGAAUACAGAAGACAAAGGAGAUGAAGAUAAGGAAAGUGAACGUAACUCACAGACAAGAGAAGGCACGCAAGCAGCAAUACAGAGACGGAAAAAGCCUAAGAGACGUUCUACAGGCGUUGUUAAGGUGAAUAUAGAUGAAAUAGACCCUGAGAAGAGAGCUCAGCGUUCAGCAGAGCAACAGCAGCAGCAACAGCAACAACAGCAACAACAGCAACAGGCAGAUGAAGGAAGUGAGGAGGAGGAGGAGGAUGAUAAAGCGUCUGCGAAUGAACACGGAGAAACAGUGAAAGGUUCUACGACAUCCUUGGGGUCAGCCAUCAACAGCCGGCCAUCUUCUCGGUCAUCAUCAGUUGGACCUGAAAAUGGUGACAUUGAUUACAAAAAACUGUACGAAGAACAGUUGGAAGAAAACUUCAGAGUUCACGAGCGUCUUCGAGGUACAGAAAAUGAGCUUCGGCAAACCAGAGAAGCCAUCGAUAUCAACACCAAAAAGUGUAACACACGCCUUGCAAUGGCUGAAGCAGAUAAACGUGAAAAACGAGCCCUGGAGCGCAAACUCUCAGAAAUGGAAGAGGAAUUAAAGCAAUUGCAAAAACUUAAGGCUGAAAAUGAAAAAUUGAAGGCUGAAAACCGAGCCUUGACUCGGGUGGUGUCCAAAUUGACCAAUUCAGCCACAGCAGGCAUGGGUAACUUGGCCAACUUGAGCAAAUAGUUGUUGGAACAGUUGAAGCAGGAAAAUCAACGGUUAAAAGAUGAAAAUGGGGCACUCAUCCGUGUCAUAAGCAAGCUCUCCAAAUAAUGAAAUGCCUUCAGCUCCCGAGGCUGCUGCUGCUGCUGUUACCACAGUUGUUGUGGAUACCAAUUUAUGCCACAAAUGUUACCCAGUCAUUAUAUGCUCCAUGGGAAUCCUGUGAGUGGUUCUGGGAGAUCUGCAAGUUUUAAAGGAGUCUCAAUAAACUCUCUUUUUUUGGAAUUUUUAUUAGUUAUUAAAGCUGGCUCACUGCCCUUGGCAUAUUCUAGGUGGUGUUUUGGUGACCAUGCUUUACCUUUCUAUCUUGAGUAUAUUGCCCAAAUAACUUUUGUCUAUGUAGGCCCAGUAUUUGUGGUGUAGGUGUUUAUACUGGGUCUCAUAAAUUGGUUGAUUUUAGUGUUGAAGCAUGGUGAAACAACAUUAAUCUGGCAGUCAUUUUCCUUCAAAAUGGUAUUGCAUGCCAAGUACUUAAACAGUAUUUUAAAGCACUACAAAUGUUGCUUAAUAUCCAGUACUCCAAUAAGAAUAUUUGAGCCCUAUGGAAGAAUGAGGUACAGAUUAAAUCAGUUUCACUAGGUCAUAGUUGCUCCUGAAAUAGUGAUAGCAAGAGAGAUUUUUAGAGUGUAUUCAUUAGUUUAUGCCUUGUGGAUGUUGGCUCUGACAAACUGCAUGCCUGAAUUAUCUCACUUGAAGGCUCAGGCAUGAGGGAAUUCAAGAAACAAGUUCAGCUUUUGAGCCAAUAAGAGUGUUUCAUCAAAGCAUAUUUCCUAUUAAUUAUUCCUAGUGAAAUAAAAUUAAAGGCUCAUUCUCACUGAUUGUCAAAAGCAAUCUCUAUGUCCUUUUAUACUCAAGGCGCAGUAUUCCAGCAUACUAAAACUAGUUUCAAGUCUGACUUGUGGGGAAAGAAUCCCAAUGACACUCACACUCGGCCAGUGGUUCCGUCUGUCCCUAAAGCCAAGUAAAACAAAAGUUCACGUAUAUUUGUGUGUUUUGCUCCUCUUGUCUAAGCUUUGCAUUUUCCACAAAGUUCUCAUGUUCUCUUUUUGUAAUUACAAAUAUAGUAUUGGUGGAAAAUAUUACUAGCCAUUGAUUGGCUUAAAGGAUGAACCUCUACUGUCUGAGACCCAACUCAUCAAUGGCCCUGGCCAGUUCUGCUUUUCUUUUGUCGUUCAUUCAGUAUUGCUUGUACAGUAUCCACGCUGGAUGUGUGGACAAGUCACUGUACAUUAAUAUGUGGUGUAGAAGGAGAAUUGUAAUCAUCUAUACUUUGUUGAAUUACAAGUGUAUAUAGAAUUUGCACUUAUUGCUGUCACUAGGUAAUAAGUUUUAACUUUACAUUGAGUUUAUACAACUUAGACCUGUUGAAUUAGUUAUACGAGUAUAUGGUUAUAAUUUAUGAUUUCUUUAAUUUGCUAUAAAACAACCUUAAAUGCACAGAACUUCACUCAAGAGUUGUAGGUGUUAUUUUGAAAUUUUAGUCUUAUAACAAACAUGAUUGGCAAAAAACAAUCUGAUAUAAUUAAAAUAUAAACACCUUGAAUUACCCUCAUAAUACCAAGUGGCCUUCUCAAGCAUUAACCCUGAAAUUUUGACUUGUCUAGACUUAUUCACAUUUGUUUUUGUGCACAGCUAUACUAAAAAAGUAUUAUCCUGAAUAAAUAAAAUCCAUUAUAAUACAACAGAUGAAAGUUGCUUACCAUUAUAAAAGUAUUUAUAAAAUUAUAAAAAUAAAACUUGUAUUACAAAAUAUCCAUGAUCAAAUUGAUUCUCGGUCUACAUAGUGAGGAUGUACCGGUAUAUGCAUAGCAGCCUGGUAAAACCAGUCGAGCCUGGCUUCAACUAUAACAAGGUUCAUAUGAAAGUAUUUAGUUCUAGGAAUUCUAAAUGUAGUAGGUGUUUUUCUCUCUUUUUAAAAUGGUGUUAAGUAUUAUGAUUUUUCUUAAUGUUUUGUCUGACAGAUCAUAGAGAUUUGGGUCAAUUUGAAAUCUGUAUAGGAAACAAUUUUAAGAUUUAUUCUUAUAUGAUUUGAAACUACUGUAUACUAAGAAAUUGUUAAAUAUACAUAAAAUAAUAGUGAUACAUGUUGCAAUAGUGAUGGAGUGCAAAUAUGUGUAAUCACCAUAAGGUGAAUGUUCCUCAAAGGUUAUUUAAAAAUGUGCAGAAAUUAAGUGAAGAGUAAAUUUGAAAUACAGUAUAUUGACUUACUUGGCCAUUCAAAGUGAACAAAUUAACCUAAAUAGAAUGUAACCUAAGCAUCAGCUCUCAUAGAUUUAAAUCUAACAUAUAGAAUGAAUUACAUUUUAUUCCAUAGAGGAAUAAAAAGAGGGUUUCAUGGUGCUUCAUUAUUUUGGUUGAAUUAUAGUUAGAGUCCACUCAUUAAUGAAUGGGUCUUACCCCUGGUACUAUCUAAGAUGCAUCACUUGGUAUACCGGAGCUCUGCAUCGUGCCUUAACCACCUGCUGAUGCAUUUUAUACCAUUUAUAUUAUGGGUGAAAUUGUGUUCAUUGUAAAACUUUGAUUGUACUAAGGUCAUGCAUAGUGAUCUCUUGUCAUUCAGGAGAAAAUGAGCCAAAUAGUUUGGGUAAGAUUGUAAAUGCUGAUCAUCACAUGUGUCUGCGCAAUGAGAUUCUGUGCCUUUGUUGAUACAUAGAAUAUGAGCUCAUUUGACUCUGAAGACUUGCCUUUGUAUGUGCUGUUGUAAUCUAAAAUGUGUAAAAUAGCUUGCUGUAAACUACCUAUUUUGUAAAGCAAAAACAUAAACCUGCAUAAAGGUUGGUUUAUUUAAAAAAAAAAAUCAAAUUUCAUAUAUGUUCAUGUGUCACCUUAUAAUUAUGCUACAGUUUGUGCAACACUUGUCAAGGAUCAGUAACCACACAGCUGCUGCAACAUUGUGGGUUCAAUACGAUUACUGUGUGGCAGGAAGUCUUGUGGUAUAAUUAUGAAGUGAGAAUUUGUAGAAGAGCCUAGUCAAAGACAGAUUACCUUUGUAGGCUUAAUGUUUAUCAGACAUAAGUUGCUUCAGUUCCAUAAAAUGUACUGAAUUUCUUAUAUAUAUAUAUAUAUAUAUAUAUAUAUAUAUAUAUAUAUAUAUAUAUAUAUAUAUAUAUAUAUAUAAUAUAUAUAUAUAAUACACACACACAUACAUACUUUACUAGGUGAGUACACACACACAGUACAGAUUAUUGAAGUUAUUUACUAGAAUGUCUUUGUCAUGACAGUGCAUAAAUUAUGUCAAGUGCCUUUCUCUUGUAAUUAUUAUCUGUGAAUGAACAGUGAUUUAACUGUUAAGUUAUUGUUCUUCAGGUCAUUAUGAACCAUUUGUAAGAUUAUCAUUCAUUGGUCUUGCCACAUUGUCUGUAAUUAUCUGCAAUAGAUGGUAGUCAUUUUUUCUGAAAUCUUACAUAAUUAUAGCAAAUAUUUAAAAAUAAAGAUAUUUUAUAGUUAA